AUGGAAGAGCCAUCAAGCUCAAUUCUUCAUUCUGCUCUACGAAAUUAUCCAAUAUUGGCUGCUAGUGCACUUCCCAAAACAGAAACUCUUAUGGUAACUAUUCGACGACAACGUAUCAACGACAAGAUCGAUACUGAUGGCCGACUUCCAGACCACCUGAGAAAGACUGAUCGUGGUGAACAUUUCAUAUUACUUGAAGACGAAGAAUUAAUUAUAUUCGCAUCGAAAACAAAUCUAUCUCUUUUGGAAGAAAACAAACAUUGGUUCACUGAUGGAAUAUUUAAAAUGUGUCCGGAUGAUUUCUAUCAACUUUUCACACUUCACGCAACGAUGACGGACACAAUUAUCCCUCUCGUGUAUGGACUUUUAAUUGGCAAAAGUACAAACGGUUAUCAUUUAUUUUUUGAAAAAAUCUUCGAACAAGAUGAUUUCCAACCAGAAUCAAUCAUGACAGCCUUUGAAACUGGCACGAUCAAGUCAGCGAAAGAGAAGCUACCUAAUGCUGGUGUCUCUUUCAAUUUUCUCAAGCUAUCUGGCGACAAGUUCGAAACAGAGGACGAGCAUUUUCGUUUAAGAGUAAAAAAAUUUAUUGCUCUCGCGUUUAUUCCACUUAGCGACGUCGUAAUGGCUUUCGAUCUGGUUGCUGAGCAGUUCGACGACGACGCUGACGAUUUUCUCGAUUAUUUUGAAAAAACAUGGAUUGUUGAACCAAUAAGAAGAGGAACCGGCCGAAAGAAACAUCUAUUCGAUCACAAAUUAUGGAACAUCCAUGAUUGCAUUCGCUGGUAUUCCUCGAUCCAACAAUUCAGUUGA